AGGAAAAUGCACACGCUUUGCACACACACUCACGCAUUGUGUGUUAGCUUUCGCAUAGGUAAAAUCAACUUUGCACUGUCAACGACGGAGCGCACAAACACGAAUUCACCACAGUUCGGAGCGAGCUUUCAACUGGAAUAGGCACUCGUGCUCUCUUCCUCUCAAAAACGAUUAUCUAGUUGGCAAAGCUAUAUACUGAGCGGCUAUUUAUCUUUCUCAUUAUACCCAAUCGAUUGAUUUAAGAAUAGGCUUAAACGUGUCUUGUGGCGGGGGAGGAAUCAUAUGCAAGAAGUGAGUGUUGUUUUUAUUUCCCGAGGAGAGGAGAACAUUGUGAACAGGCGACUUCUUUGGAAUUUAUCAAGUUUAACUUUGUUUAGACCAGUGAGACUAUUUUGGUCCGUAUUCCUGUACCAGUGACUUAUCUUUGUUUCUAUUUGACAGAGCAACAAUUUUGGACCCCUUGGAUCUUGUGGAGAAUACUUCUGAUUUUCACGUGAUGCAGAGGUUGACACUUGGCGCUCCAUCAUAAAUCAGCUUCUGACAUAUUCGAAUGUAUGCUUGCCAUUGGGACCGAGAUCUGCCCUUAAAGAUAAACCAGUUGUCUGCCACCAAAGUCUACACCAAAGGCAGUGAAGAAGUCUAGAUCUGCAGUAAAAUCAUCGACUGGAUAUUUGUGGUCGGAAGUUGGCUAUUGAGAGAGUCCGAAGUCCUUGGCAGAGAGCGCACACAUCAAGGGAUGGACGAAUAGACAUUUAUGGCAAGCUUACGAAACAAGUGACAAAUUAUCUACCUCGAAAAACCGACCCUUCAGAUCCAAUUCUGAGAUUUAUUCAUAUUGACAUUCCUCUAUCGCUGUUUACCUUUAUGGAUUUAUAGAGUGCACUAAUCAAACAUACUCGAUAGUAAGAGAGAGAGAGACAAAAUGGAUACAUGAAUUGGAUUGCAUACCACUAUCUCGACAUCUCAAUAAAAUUUGGACAACCUUUGUACCCGAUAGAUAACGAUCGAUCAUACUUAUCGUCUGCAUGAGUGGGGUGUGAUUUUUUUUGCACAGAAAAAGCACGUGGAAUAACAAUAAACGUUGCUAGGCAACGUGACAAUAUAACCGUGACAGGUGGACUCCGAUACUGAUUAUGAUAAGAUACGGUGCGCACGCACUGUGUUGAUAUCGAGCUAUACCAACCGUAUCUUUUGCGUGCAGUGACGUGUGCGAUUUUUUUGCUACCCCGUGCGUGCGCGUCAACGUUAUCAUCAUGCCUUUUUCUUUGCGACUCGGGAAAGAAGGCAAAUCGGAGCAGACAGCGAAACAACCGUCGGAGGGAGCCAACGACAUGGGAAAUGGCGCGGGCCUGCACAGUAAACAGGCGCGCUCGGACGCAGGAGGCGGAGGACGAGGAGGAGGGGGAGAUGCACAUGGAGGAGGGGGUAAUGGCGCCGCACCGUAUAACAACAACACAGGUUCGAGCCUCAACCACAAGACCAGCGCGAACACGGAGGAGGUGACGAAGCUCAAGCUCCGGCUCCAGGAAGCUCAGGUCCAGCUUAAGGAAUGCCAUGAGGAGCUUGCUAUUCGAAAUGCUAUGGUAGAGGAGCGAGAUGAUGAACUCUUACGAGUCAGGGAGGAAGUUAAUAAACUCAGGGCCGUGCUUAGCCAGACGAAACCAGCAGUUACGGAUGGGGGUGGAGAUGGGGGUAAAAAACUGGCCGUUUUACUGGAGAAUAAGAGGAACAAGAAACAGGGUGUGUCCGGUGAGAGUGGUGGUAUGCCAACCAAUGUCACCGUUCAGGAUUCAGAACUUACGAGGCACCCUAAAGAUUCCACGUCCAAGCAGGUUAUCCGUGAUGCCAUCCUUCUCAAUGACUUCACCAAGAACUUCGACAGCUCACAAACCCGCGAGAUAGUGGAGUGCAUGUUCCCUAUCGACUAUAAGAAGGGCCAAAUAGUCAUCAAUGAGGGCGACUCAGGAGCACACUUCUACGUCGGAGCAACGGGUACCCUUGAGGUGAGCCAAGGUGAUCGCGUCCUGGCCACUAUGGGACCGGGAAAGGUCUUCGGGGAACUGGCCAUCCUCUAUAACUGCACCAGAACAGCCACCAUCACUGCCGUCACUGACGCGCAAGUAUGGGCGAUCGAUAGAAAAGUGUUCCAGCUGAUCAUGAUGAAAACUGGGAUGCAGCGCCAUGAAGAGUAUUUCAACUUCCUUAAGAGUGUGCCUUUGCUCAAAGAUUUGUCUUCCGAUAACCUCUUCAAGUUGGCGAACAGUUUGGAAGUAGACUUCUUCCAUGAAGGUGAAUACAUUAUAGUGGAGGGCUCCAGGGGAGAUACCUUCUACAUCAUUAGUAAGGGGGAGGUCCGGAUAACCCAAUCCGUCCAAGGACAGAGAGAACCCCAGGAGGUUCGAAGCCUCCAGAAAGGAGACUUCUUCGGUGAGAAAGCGCUCCUUGGUGAGGACGUACGAACAGCGAAUGUCUUGGCCAGCAAAGGGGGAUGCGAGUGCUUGGCCGUUGAUAGACAGUCUUUCAACGAACUGAUCGGCAACAUGCAGGCACUCCAGGACAAGAAUUAUGGAGACAAAGAAAGGGGAGCAACCAGGGCGUUACGAGGAGUUGACAGUACUGACUUUGACCCGAUAAAAGGGUUGGUCAAAUGGAUAUCAAAAGUCACAAAACGCUGGUACAAUCUAACAAUCAACACUCUACAAGAAGAUGACAACAAGUUUAAGAAAUCGUCGAGCUCGGAGAUGGAUAAUACAGAGAUUGCACGAAUCAAGCCGAUACAAGAUGAGCUAGCUGCUAUACAUCUCAACGAUCUGGAUAUCAUCGCUACAUUGGGUGUUGGAGGGUUCGGUCGGGUCGAACUGGUUCAACUGGCAGGCGAUAAGCGGACAUUCGCCCUCAAGUGUUUGAAGAAACAUCACAUCGUAGAAACUCGGCAACAGGAACAUAUCUUUUCUGAGAAGAAGAUCAUGAUGGAAUCUAGCUCCCCCUUUAUUGUCAAAUUGUUCAAGACAUUCCGUGAUCAGAAGUAUAUCUACAUGCUUAUGGAAGUCUGCUUAGGAGGAGAGCUCUGGACUAUCCUCAGGGACAAGGGUCAUUUUGAUGACCGGACAGCAAGGUUUUCCACCGCAUGCGUAGUUGAAGCUUUCCACUAUUUGCACAGUCGCGGCAUCGUCUACCGCGAUCUCAAGCCUGAGAAUCUGCUCCUUGACAACAAAGGCUACGUCAAAUUGGUCGACUUUGGUUUCGCGAAGAAGAUCGGUUUUGGUCGUAAGACCUGGACCUUUUGUGGCACUCCCGAGUACGUGGCUCCGGAAAUCAUCCUCAACAAAGGUCAUGACCUGUCAUGUGACUACUGGUCCCUGGGAAUCCUCAUCUUUGAGCUGUUGACCGGAAAUCCGCCAUUCACUGCCAAUGAUCCCAUGAAGACAUACAACGUUAUUCUAAAGGGUAUCGACAUGGUCGAGUUUCCACGGAAGAUUCCUCGUAGUGCUGGUAACCUUAUCAAGCGACUCUGUCGGGACAAUCCAGGCGAGAGAAUCGGCUACCAGAAGAAUGGCAUUAGUGAUAUCAAGAAGCACAAAUGGUUCCAAGGUUUUGACUGGGAAGGUCUCAGGAAGCAAGAAAUUGCCGCCCCUCUUCCUCCAAAGGUGAAAGGCUCAAGCGACUGCAGCAACUUCGACAGCUACCCGAAAGAUGUCGAUAUCCCGGCCGAUGAAACGUCGGGAUGGGACGAACACUUUUAAACGCGAGCCGAAACCCGCCCGAAGGCUAACGGAACCCCAUCCGAUUAAACGACGGAUAGGGCCGAAUCAUAGAGCUAUAGCUCUAUGGGCCAAACACAUCUAAACGCGCAUCGGAACAAUGCGAUGAUUGUCGAAGCCCUAUAUCAAUGGAGACUAAAGUAAUGGCCGAAGGUUGCCGAAGCCGGAUAGGAUGACUGGGAGAAAAAGGACGAAAACUUCUGGAAAAAGCCCCUUUCCACCGAGACAAAUUUGGCAAAAUCAGGGCUGUAUGAAAAUAUUCUUAUCCUGGAGAAAGCAGACAAAUGAUGAUUUAGAUGGCGAGUACCAAGCCAAUAUUCAAAGAUAGAUGUACGCAUAACGUACGGAAGGAAAUUCUCUUCGAGACGUACCAAGUGGGAAGACGUAUAUAUUGACCAGAUCCAAUGUAUGAACAUUGGAUAAACAACUUGUCGCCAGCAGGAUGCGCAGAGACGAAUGUACUUUCAACUCGGUGAAUGCAACAGUGUUCAUCUAUUUUACGGCGAAUUGUGGAAUGAACAAUUGUCAUACUAUUGACUUUUAUUUCCUAAACUUCUUGAUGAAAGUGUUGUACUUUGGAUAUAUUAGCUAAGAAAAAGACAGAUGUACAUAUAUUCACUCACAGAUACACAGUGCCAAUGGCGUGAAUGGAAUCAAUAAAUGUUACUUAUUAUAUCCAGCUACAUGUAACAAUGUGUAUUUACAGACUACAUGCAUAUAUCUGGUUGUUGAAUUUUAACAGCAUUGAAUAAAUUCUUAUUGAUGGAUUAGUCGAACGAGGAGCAUGUGAUGGAUCGCUCCAUUAGUUACCAUGGAAACAUAAGCAAGCGCCAUGGUUAUGUUGCCAUGGAAAACACUCCACAGAGAGUAUUGAAAUUAUUAUUGUAAGGGUAGCAACUUACAUCAUGCCAGCGAUUGUAGGCCUACUAGGCUGUUACUACGGUGUUUACCUUAUCAAACGAUUUGAUUAGGAAAAAUACAAUUUUCAAAAAGAUGUACUUAGGAAGACUAAGUUUAUACAUAUACAUGUAUAUUUAAGGAUACUUAAAUAGUAGUUUAUUAUCGAUACAUGUAUUUGUAAAGUAGGAUUAUAUGUGAAUAUCAAUUUGAGAUACGAACAAGUAUACAUAUAUAUAUAUGUUAGUAAUUCGGAUGGUUUGCAGCGAGUCUACGCAUUAUGCGCUAGAUUAUGUUUUAGAGAUAAGCCUGACAUAGAAAAUACAAUAGAUUUAAAAUUUCAUCCCAAAUCAUUUGUUUUCUAUAUGGCCUUAUCAUUUUCCGCACAAACAACGUGCUAGCAUUAACAUUCACACAAGGAAUCUUACGCUGGUAUAAGCUUUAAACUUUACGCAGUGUAAAUGUCAUAGAAGAAACAGGGCCUUUUAAAACGUUUCUUAUUGUAUUUAUGAUUACUACUAUACGAGCACUUGUAAAUAUGGCUUUGUAUAUAUUUAUUACUGAGAGAUGCAUUCUACUAUUAUGGCGACAUUUUAUAUUUAAUAGCCUUAUCAUAUUUUAUUUGUGCGGGUAAACGACAAAUUGAAAGAAAAGAAAGUAUGUUACCAUGUUUCAAUCGUGUCUGAUUGGGUUUUAAUGCAAGUAUUUGAUUAGGUAGUCUUAUAAUGGAUGUCAAUUUUUUGUUUGACCAAAUAUCUCCUCAUAUAAUUAUUGUUGAUUUAUUGAUAUUAUUUGAAAAGUGAAUAUUAACCAUGGAAAUGUGAUUGAGUAGGCCUAAAAAUUCAAGAUGAAUAAAACAGGUUAUUUUAAAUGAUACAAUUGUAACAUUUUGAUUAAAAGUAAUUAUACUUUAAUUUUGAAAAACCAAAGUGUUUUACUUGAUAUGAAAAUUAUUAUAAAACCAUGUGCACGUAUCUCAAUUCUAGAAUGAUUACAUGAUAAAAAAGGAACAUUUUUUUACUGUUUUUUUUUUCUUCAUUUGAUUGUUAACUCAAAAGGGUUAAUUAAAACAAAAACUAAAUUAUUGUUCGGUCAUUUUGAUAUUCAAACGUGUCUGUUCGCAUAUUGUGAAGAUAAGAAUGAUUUGAUUAUGCAUAAAAAAAGGGUGUAUUUCGCAUUACUUUUUAAAGCUACCAUCCACACAGGUUAUUAUGAAUAAUAUACAUUCGGUAUUUCUAAUUUUUGUUUAAUCAAAGAAACAUUCGAUUUCUUAUCAUGUAUACUAUCAUUAAUUUUUCGGGUCAUGUUUCUAAUAUCGCAAUUAGCAAUCUGUGAUACUCACAUAAGACUAUAACGAUCAUACAAUCGACUUCAUGAAUCAAUUUAUGUCAUUGUAAAUAAUAUAUUGAUAAAUGUCAAAUGUGUGCUAAAAUAUGGAUGAGGAUAAGAGGACACAAUCUCUUCAAUUUGUUUAUAAUUUACUGAAGAACUUAUUUUACAGCGGGAUAUUAUUAUUUCAAUUAGCAGCUAUCGGAAUCAGAAAUUAUACUAGCACUACGAGGCAUUAUCGGGGCAAAAUAUAUUUAUUGUAUGACAAAUUAUAUGUAGUGAAUAGUGACAAACUUUGAAUGGUAUAAUUAUCAUUACUGAAAUUUAAUGGAUGUAUAAUUAUGAUGAUGCAAAAUUUUGUAUAAAUCACUUCCUUUUUUCAAUUUCGAACAAAAGAGAACAAACGUUUUCUGAAAAUAUUAUUUGAUUUGAAAAUGAUAUGAAUUGAUAAUUGGAAAUUUUUAGGAGAAUAAUAAUGGAAUAUGUAUUAAACAUGUAAGGGGGUGUUUUGUAUCUGGAUAUCAACUAAUCUGUAACAUUAAAGAAAAUAUAUGGACAUGUUUUCGCUGUUCUAUAAA